UACUAUUGCAUUCGUCCUUCGCCGGUUCGCCAUCAUGCAGGCAAUAAAGCAGGCAUGUUCUGGGUUUGCUAGGGUUGCAAAAGUCGCCCUUUCAUCCCCUAUUUGUCAACAAAAUGGAGCGAACUUCAUUCCUGCAUUGUAUUCUGUCAGUAAGUAUUCCAAAUUUUGGAUCUGAUAUUAAUUUUUGUUAACGUCAAAUCAAUAAUUAAUUGUAUACCGAACUCGCUUAGCUACCAAAACAGACACAGAUAACCACCAGCCAGUGUUCCUUCUCAAAAGAAGCAACUCCUUUGAUAGAGGACUGAGUUUUCUGUUUAUAUAAGUGUACAUUUUUAACAUAUAAAUACGAAGCAACGUUUGUUGUUUUCUGGUUUUUUUUUAAAUGUGCAAUACGUGACCUUAAGAUAAAGUAUAGUCUUCCACAACUUGGUUCAUAUUCUAAGCAAUGACAAGUGGAGGUCACUACUAAAAUAGAAUUUCCUGGGUUCAUAAUAAUACUUUAAUAUUCCAUACUAUAUUGAACAUGACAUGAUAAAUGUGUUCAAAUAUAGGUAAUCUACCGUUUUAGGGUCGCCAAGAAAAAAUCCAGUUGUUGUGGUUUGAAGGGCUAUUUAAACAAUUAACAUUGUUUUUUAUGACUUUGUCAGUCAUUGUUUAUUUAAGUAUUCAUUCCAGCACAUUUAUUAUACAAAUGAAAGACAAUUUUUUAAAAUAGAAAAACUAAAACAAUUUAGGUUAAUUUAAAUAAAACAUUGAAGAAUUUAAGCAAUUUAUUUAAUGUGUAAAAAUGAAAUUAUGCAUAGUUCUCCCCCAAGGUGAAAAUGAAGUUUUUAAAAAUAUGAUUUCCACCAAAACGGGUUGCGAAACAUGAAUUCAUGUAAAUAUGAAGGGAAAAAAUAGCUUGUGCCAAACUGUCUUUUUCAGUUAGCACUUUGCGCGCAUCCACGUUUUCCACAUUCUGUGUAUGGACAUCGUCUGGAUCAACAAAAUUUAGUUGAUGCACCACAACGGAGUGAUCAUAUAUACUAGGUACCCCAACUCAAAUUUUUAAAUACAUCUAACACACACAAAGAGCACAUCAUUGGAAAGAGCUGGCUUUAAGCUUUCCAAUGACACCAAGAUGAUCUUUGUAUCAUGUAUAGGAAAAAAGUUAUGAUUUUUUUAGUGAUUUAUUUUUUACCUCUAUUCGGCUUUGUAUUUAAUUUUUAAAACUGUGAUCGAAUUAUUGCUCUGUUUGUACUAUUUUGUUUGUAUCCUUUUGGCUAUUAAAGUUAGAGCGCUCAAAUUUGGAGGAGACAUGAACAAUAUAAUGUUUAACAAAACAAAACACUUGAAAAAACUGUGAUCGAAUUAUUGCUCUGUUUGUACUAUUUUGUUUGUAUCCUUUUGGCUAUUAAAGUUAGAGCGCUCAAAUUUGGAGGAGACAUGAACAAUAUAAUGUUUAACAAAACAAAACACUUGAACUGUGAAUUAACUUAUUUUAUUUUAUAAAAUAUGACUUUUUGAGCAUAUGGCGUGGAUAACGUCAAGUGUCGAAAAAUUUUAUUUUACAAAAAAAUGACAUAAUUAUUAAACCAAUAAAGCUAUUGCUAUAAAAUUUUCAAAUCAAACAGAUAAUGUACAUCUAAAAGUAAGGCAAAUUUAAAAUAAAUAAAAUUCAGAUCAGAAAAAUUUAUUAAAUAUUAGAAAAAUUAUUUCAAUAAAAGCAACCACGGCCGAGAAAUUUUUACAUUUAAAUACAUAACUUUUAAAAUAAUAAAGCUACUGCAAUGAAAUUUUCAGUACAAAUAGAUAGUCACAAUUUAAAUAUAAUGGAAUAUUCAAAUAUUAAAAAGGUAAUUAAAAUCAUGAAAUACAAAAUUCAAAAAUGUCAUGUAAGUUGUCGACAUUGAAAUUGAUGUACCGGUGCAUUUAUAAACAUUCAAGAUAUGGUUCGUGGCUCCGAGCUCUAGCAACUCUUCAUCCUCACUAAUUGGCAGAUUAAAAACAUCUUCCUCUAUUGUCAAAAUAAAAUUGAUUUGUGUCUGAAUCUCCCUGAAUCUCCUCCAGCAUGGCAGUGCAUGUCCUUGUUUGGAAUCCUAUGCCUAUUAUUGAAAAAACAAAUAAAUAAAAAAGAUAUUAGGAACACAUAAAAAAAUCAAUAUUUUUAAACAGGUUACACAAUGUUCUUUAGUUGAGGAAGAUUUAUAUUUAUUAAUAACAUAGGACAAGAGGCUGUCUUAAUUUCUUUUCAUGUCACCUCACUCUUAUCUUUCUAUAACUAUAAUUAAUAAUAUAAUUUAGUACUGUGUGUAUAGUCUAUCAUUUAUGUAUUACUGGAGCAAAUAUAUGAACUAUAUAAGGCCUUAAGUAAAACUACUAUUAAACACUGUUAUUAAAAGUGCAAAUUGAGGUAAUCAAACUAGUUUAUUAUAAUACAGCAAAUAUUUAUUAAACUGUUUGAAAAACGUUUUUAAUAAUAAUAAUACCACUGUUUACAUUAGAGAUUUACCUCUUCCGGUAGGUCAAGUGAAAAAAAAAUGGCUGCCAACGGCUGUUUUUAAUUUUUUUUUCACAUGUCGACAAGAAUUGUAAAUUCGUGCUAUUAUCUAUAUUGUUUUAAAUAAGUGAUUCAUUUUUAGCAAUAUAUAAGCUAUGCAUCAAAGUAAUUUCCAAGUCCGUCAAGCAUUUAAAAAAAUUAAAAAAGUACGGCGAAAUCACUUACCCCACUUUCACUUUACAACAGAUCAUCUAAGCGUAGUCGGAUUUCCACUUUAUUUAUAUCCUCGUAACCGUCAUGCACCGCGGAAUCAAAAUAAAAUAAGGAGGUUCAUCUAUUUUAAGAAAUGACGCAAAACAACGCUAAGUCACGACAACUACCGAAAACGGUCAGCGCCGGCUGAUCACAGCGAUAGGUGGCGAAUAGCCCGCGUCUUCCUACUGCCCGCGAAGCGAGUAUUGGAGUGCCUAUAUAUACCAUGUCAUAUUUGGUUUAUAUUGGCAUAUGCCACCCAGCCGUCGGAUAAAAUCGGUGAUCCUGAAGUAAAAAUCUUUCGAUGCACUCUUGUAAUGUUGUUGCACGUCGGUCUUGCACUUCGAUAAGAAAGCAUAUAUCUAGAUAUUUUCCUGAAAAUGUAGUCUUACCAUACCACUUUAAAGUACUUAUUUAACAAAUUUACAAUAUAUUUUUUUUAAAACCCUUAACAGAAAAGUAUCCAUAAGAGGUUAAUCUAGCAGAAAACGUAAUCUCAUUAUGGAAAAAAAUAACCAAACUUUUGAAUUUUUUUCACCUGUGGACCACCUUAAACAAGUAUAUAUAAAGGUCUACCCACUGUAAGUUCACUUUUAAGUUUAAGUAACUUAGUCUAAGGUUACUGACGCUACAGCACUAAGCUUAGUCUGCAUUACCAGUGAUAUAAUAUAAUAUGAAAAUCUGUUAUAAAAAUAUAUACAAAUUAAUUUUACUGUGAAUGAUGAAAUCAAUUGGAAAAAAUUCAAAUCCUUAACAGUAAAGCUAAUUGUCACUGUGAAUCGACGAAGGAAGCUUUCUCUUUGUUUACAUGUAGCGAAAUGAAAAUGUCAUGAGGUCACGCUUCCGCAAAGGAAAAUGUCAGACAUGGACCAAUUAAAAUGCAAAGAAUUGUUUAUAACUAUGAAUCAGCCAAUCAUCUACCUUUGUGUACACAUGCUACACUGCGUUUGUACGCGAAUGGUUAGAUUUAGAUAAAUUAGUCAUUGGAAUGGCAUUCUUUGUGUGAUGUUAAGCUUUCCAACAAUACCAAAUAUAAAAUGAAACCCGGGGUUUCCGCGCAAACGAUUGUUAAACAGUUCAUUUGGCAUCAGUUGUAAACAAAAAUAUAGACCCCCUACCCCUUCAAAUCACAAAUAUGUUAAAUUUAUAUAAUUUUUUUAUUUUACUAUAUUAUAAUAAAGACACAAAUCCAAUAGAAAAUACAAAUUUUCAAGAAUUGAUAGACUAUUUUUGUCAAAUUUCAAUUAUUUUGUGACCCAUGGAUCUUCUUAAUAUGAUGGGCAAGAAAAAUGGCUGCUUAAAAUUGAUGAAAUAUGAGAGAGUACAGAAAUGCUCCAGGAAAACUUAGGAGCUAAAAACAUUGCGCCUGUUCUAAAAGAAGUGCUUAAUUUUGUUAUAAAGUGUAUCACUGUUAAGGCUAAUUCCAAAUGUGAACGUCUCUUCAAGCUAUUGUCUGAAGAACAAAAUGCAGACUAUGUGACACUUUUACCUCACACUGAAGUAAGAUUGCUUUCGAAAGGGAAUUGCUUGUAAAGAUUUAUGGACCUAGUUGAUACUCAGGCGAUUUUUUUAAGUGACAAACCUGAUUAUGAAGUAUCUGAACGGUCGAUGGUAAAGCAUUUGUGAGUUAUUUAGCCAAUAUCUUUAAAUAAAAUAAAUGUAUUAAAUAACCGACUUCAUGGAACAAAUAAAACUCUUGUUGAAGCAAAAGCGGAGAUAUUUGGUUCGUUACAUAUGUGCCAUAAAAAUAUUUACAACAAAAUUUUGAAAAGUUUCAUUGGCUCCAAAAAUGUGAAGUGACUGAUACCGUUAUACUUGUUGUUGUCAAUCAUCUGAAAAUUCUUAUGGCUAAUUUUAAAGAAAGAUUUUCUGAUUUGAAACAAAUUGAUUUUCCAACUUGUGUUGUGCAGCCAAUGAUGUUCGAUUUCUCUGAUACUUCAAACAUGCAGUAUCAAGAAGAACUCUCAGAAAUGCAAAAUGAAGAGUCUGUUAAAACUUUAUUAAAUAUGAAAGAAGCGAUGGCAUUGCUUUGUGAAGAAACAUAAAUCAAAUAUCCAAAUUCAACCAAAUGUGCAAGAAAACUUUUCCCGUUUCCAUCUUCAUAUUUAGCUGAAUGUGGAUUUAGUGCCAUAAAAGUUACUGUUUUCUCACCGAUUUCUUCCUAAAACCUAUCAAUUAAGCUUCUUCAGUGAACAACCCUUAUUAAAAAUUAUGUUUAUGAUACAUGAGGGGCAUAAGAAUUUUAGAAAGACUUAGGUGAGGCAUGGCACAAAAAUGCUUUGGAAACACGGGUCUAUUGGGUCUAUUUUGCAUGAACUUUGCCCCCCAAGUCUAAUCUUUCUCUUGCUAUGCUAUUUUGAAAUACAUUUUUAACGACUUUAAAUUACAUUUUAAUGCAAAUGGUAAAGCCAAAAUAUUAAUUAGAUGUUUAUCUAUUAGAAAAGCCAAAUUGUAUCCAUCGCUUAUUACUGAUAUUAAAUGUUAACACAUACAAAUUAUGAAAUUUUAAAAGUUAGUCUAAUUAUGCAAGACUGCUAUGGCAGCAGUUCUAAUAGGGCAUAAUGUCCUAUUCUUAUGUUAGUAAACAUUAUUUUUCAGAAAGGAAUUAUGCUAAAGAAGCUGCACAGCCCAAAACAGCUCUUCCAGUUGGACGUGUAGUUGCAGUUAUUGGUGCAGUUGUUGAUGUCCAAUUUGAUGAUCAACUCCCUGCCAUCCUUAAUGCAUUGGAAGUGCAGAAUAGAUCUCCAAGACUCAUUCUCGAAGUCGCUUCACACUUGGGUAUGUAGUUUUAUAAGUAAUGUAUAUUACAGUAAGUUAGUUUACAUGUUGUUUGGGGGUCUUGUGAGUAAUGAAUUAGUCUACUUUUGCCUUUUAAUUAACUUCUUUAUGCAAAUUACAGGUGAGAGUGUUGUACGAACCAUUGCCAUGGAUGGUACAGAAGGUCUUGUCAGAGGAGAACUAUGUGCUGACACAGGUUCAUCAAUUACGAUUCCAGUUGGCCCCAAGACACUGGGUAGAAUCAUUAAUGUCAUUGGAGAGCCUAUUGAUGAAAGAGGGCCAAUCAACUCUGAGCAGUACGUUAUGAUUCACAUUUUAAUAAACUUUGACUUAAGAAUUCUUGUAUUGUUAUAAUUUAAGAUGUUAAAGCUGUUUACAAAUCGGCGCUGUGACUCACAAGUUAGGUUUUCCAAAUUUUACAGGAGGCGACCAAGACUUAAUAACUUAAAAAUUUAUUGCACAUGUCCAUUUUUUUUUCCUUCAAAUUUUGAAAGCCAUCCGUAUCCGUAAAAAAAAAAAAUUGGAAAUAGCAUUACUGAAAGGUACAUCGUCUGUACUCGAUUAACCAAAUGUUAUAUUGUUUUGUGCUAAGUUGUAGUGAUGAUAUCCUUUUUAUAAACACAAACAUUUAACAAUGGCAUUAAUAAUUUCUUUUAAAAGCUAUUCUUCAAUUCACCAAGAAGCCCCUGCAUUUGCUGACAUGAGUGUUGAACAAGAGAUUUUGGAGACUGGCAUCAAAGUUGUUGACCUUUUAGCCCCAUAUGCAAGGGGUGGAAAAAUUGGUACUUUUUUUUUUUACUUUAUUCAAUUCAUUUAAUGAACUGCAAAUUUAACAACCCCUUUUGAUAAUUUAACAUUUACAUAUAGAAUGGCGCAGAUUAAAAUAAAAGAUUUAGAUCUAAGCUAUUAAAUUUACUACUUAUUUUUCAUUUGGAAAUUCUAAUGACAUUUUUUCCUUAUUAGGUCUCUUUGGAGGUGCUGGGGUUGGAAAGACUGUCCUUAUUAUGGAACUGAUUAACAAUGUUGCAAAAGCCCAUGGUGGUUACUCAGUUUUUGCCGGUGUCGGUGAGAGAACUCGUGAAGGAAAUGAUCUUUACCAUGAAAUGAUUACCACCAAGGUCAUCUCUCUUACAGACAACACAUCAAAGGUAUUUUAAUAAAUCACAAUCUUUAUUUAGUAUUUAAAUUUAUUUUCUGAAGUUUCUAGGAUUAAUACCUGGAUAUCUUUGAAUGCUGACUUUAACCCCCAUUUGUUUUUUAAAUAAAAUAUAUGCACAUUUACUCACAUAAUUAAAUAUAUAUAUUCUCUAGUGACUUUCUUGAUUUAAUUUUCACCUUUAAGCCAUUUUUCAGGCCUGUUAAUUCUUAUGAUUUUUUUGUUUACAUUGUUUGUUUUUGAGAUGUCUUUUACCAUUGUACGCCAAGGCCUGUUAAGGCCAUUAUCUGGUUGAAAAUAAAUACAUUCUGGUAGCUUUUCCUAUUGAAAAAUAAAAUAAUAAUUUACUCUUUCUCUUCAGAGAUACUUUCGGCAUUCUGAUGAAUUAUCUAUUUUGCAUAUUUAUUAGGCAAUGCUAUCUCUAAACCAUCAUAACUUUUUUUUGUUUUUCAUCAGAAAAUAUUUGCACUGUAUCCUUGUAUGUACUAACAUUUAUUAUAGUAAAUGAAAAAUUUAACAUAAAUUCUUCAUAUCUUUUCAUCUGGGAUUAGCUAUGGUAGGCCUAAAAAAAACAAUCUAUAGGGAUGUGCACUUAAGCUGGGGUCGGGGCUGGUUGUUCAUCAGCAUCAGCUAAAGAAUAUUUUGUCACUAGUACUACUAAAACUAGUACUAGGAUUAUAAUUGUAUGAUUCUUUAGAAUCAGCCUCUGCAUCUGAAAUCAUAAAAUCACUGUCUGAAUCAUCAUCAGAGUAAUAUUUUCAACCUUUAUUAGAUUGAUCACUAGAUAGGUCGGGUCAAGAUUUGAUGUUUGUAAACAAAAAGGACAAUCCAAACAACCGCUUCAAACACUUCGUUCUAUGUAAAAACUUGUUCAAAUAAAAAUUAAAGACCAAUAGCUAAGAAAAGAACUGUAACACAUGUUAUUACUGCCGAUAUUGCAAUACUCGUAGUAACAUGGUUAACUAUUUCUGCAGUGGAUGACUUGCCACUAUCACACCUGAAUAAUUAAUUCUUUCACUCCUCAAGCUGUCCUCUCACAUAAUGAAGUGGCAAUGUCCAAUGAAUUUGUACAGUACUUUAUUAUAAUUAAUAACACAUCAAUAAUAAGUCUUGCUAGGGGGAUGUCCUGUAAUAAUUCUAGGAUGCAAUAAUCACACACUUAUUCAAUAUAUCAUAUCACAAUUAAAUCACAAUAAUUCCAUAAUCCAUUCUAGAGAAAUUCAAUAUGUCUGCUCCUCCUUCAGAUUAAAGUCAUGCUCUGCUUACAUAGGUGGCUAGUGAACUUCCGAUCUAGAUACUAGUUCCCUCUUUUCUCGUGUUUUACAAGUUAUUAUAACGUUACAAUAAAAUUACUAUGCCAUCCUGUCGUAAAAGUGUCAUGUGUAGAAUCACAGUCAACUUGGUCUGUUACAAGAACCGAAAUAAACAUUUUUUAUACAUUGGCGAUAUGCUAAAAUCUUCAUUUCAAAUCGACGAUGGGAGCGUUGAUACGGAGAGAGAGUUUAAUACAUUUUUUCAGUUUGCAAAUUAGCCUCAUAUUUGAUCUUAAUAUUGGACUCAAUUUUAAAAAAAUCUUUUUCAUGUUAUUUUUAACAUAAAUACCGGUGUAUAUACUUGCAUUGAAACUAAUUUAUUAUUCUUAGAUUUACUGAUUACUAUGAUGAGAAAUUAUGAAAGCCCUAUUAAUAAUGAAGGCACCUUCCUUGGACUGAGUAAUCAUUAGUUUUUCUUUAAUUUUAAGGAUUUUUUAAAAAUAAAAUAUAUUAAAAAUAUUUUAAUUGAGAUGAAAGUUUGAGUGCAUCAUUCAGACCUGUUUACUCUUACGAUUUUGGCAUACAAUGUAGGAUUUUGAGGUGUAUAGAUUGUAUAUACUGUAUGUUUUUUUUUACUAUAAAUAUAACAUAUUGAACGAUUUUGUGAUGAUAUUGUACGAUUUUAAGAGUUUGAGGGUAAACAGGUCUGAUCAUUUAUAAAGUAAGUUAAUUCCUUGAACUUGAUAAGUAAAAUUGUAAACAUGAAAAAUUUAAACCAGUAGAAUAUCUUGUAGCAGAUUGCAUGUAUGCGUUUAUUUUAACUAUAUAUUUAAAACUUUAUCAUUUUUUGUAACACUCGAACUAAUAACUUAUAAAAAGUGGUGUUUUUUUUUAUUGAAACAACUCUCUAUUACUCCUCUAUAUUAUGAUUACUAUGAUGAUAAAUUGUGAAAGCCUUAUUAAUAAUGAAGGCACCUUCCUUGGACUGAGUAAUCAUUUGACUUUUUUAAUAUUGUUUUUCUCAAUUUUUUAAAAUCAAAGAUAUUUUUUUUAAAUUUAAUUAUUGAGAUGAUAGUUGGUGAGUGAAUCAUUUAUAAUCCAGACCUGUUUACUCUUACAAUUUUGGCGUACAAUGUAUGAUUUUGAGGUUUAAACAUUAUAUAUACUGUAUGUUUAUUUUUACCCUAAAUAUAAGGUAUUGAACAAUUUUGUGAGAAAUUGUACGAUUUUAAGAGUUUGAGGUAUGAUAAUGUAAGUGCAUUCCUUGGACUUAAGUUAUUAAAAAAAAAGGCAUGUUUAACUUUAUAAUUUUUUUUAACAAUUAAAAUCUUAAUCUAAUUUUGUAAAUAUAUGCGCCUGUUUAACCACUUUCUAUUAGUCCUAGAUUUAUUCUAUAUCAAGUGUGGGCAAACUAUGGCUCGCCCAUCCACUUUGAAAAGCUUGCGCUCCCUUCAAACAAAUACAUUCAAAUAUUAAAAAAUGGACAAGAAAAAAGCAACCAUCAAACUUUAAAUUUAAUUUCACACAAAGACGUUGUAAUGGUGUUAUUUAUUUGGUGCUAUUUUAUAUAUAUAUAUAUAUAAUAAAUAUAUAUAUAUAUAUUAUGAUUACAAUGAUGAUAAAUUGUGACAGCCCUAUAUAUGAUGAAGGCACCUUCCUUGGACUGAGUAAUCAUUCUUCCUUUUUUUUUAUUAGUAAUUACUAGAUACUGAGAUGAUAGUUGGUGAGUGCAUUAUUUAUGUUUGUGCAUUCCUUUUUCAAUUUAUUUGCUUUAUUCUGUUAAUUUAAAAAAUAAAAGUCCUUAAAAAGAUUGUUUUCUUUUGAAGGUGUCUUUGGUGUAUGGUCAAAUGAAUGAGCCUCCUGGUGCUCGUGCCCGUGUUGCCUUGAGUGGAUUGACUGUAGCUGAAUUUUUCAGAGACCACGAAGGACAGGAUGUACUUCUUUUCAUUGACAAUAUCUUCAGAUUUACCCAAGCUGGUUCAGAGGUAAAUUUUAGUGAUUUUUCUGUGACACAGUUCUGCACAAUGUUGUUUUUUUUUUAAAUUAUGGUAGCCGGCUAUUCCCAUUGCUCUUACUGAUGUUUUCAUGCUUGUUAGGCAGUGGUUGUACAUGAUGAAAAUUUGUGAAUUCCCUGACUGUCAAUGAGGGUACCUUCCUUGGACUGAGCAGCCACUGUCACUUUAAAUCAGUCUUGUUUGAAUACUUUCAUUAUGCUUUGUGUUGCCUUGAAAUAUUUGAAAAUUUUUGUUCAGGUGUCUGCCCUGCUAGGUCGUAUUCCUUCUGCUGUGGGUUACCAGCCAACUUUAGCUACUGACAUGGGUAGUAUGCAGGAAAGAAUUACCACCACCAAGAAAGGAUCCAUCACAUCUGUGCAGGUGAAAUAAAAUAAUUUUUUUGUAUUCAUAUAUGCUUAUUUAAGUAACUUAACUACAAUUUGAUAUCAUAAUCAUAGUUUACUCAAGGUUAAUCAUAAAUCUCAUAUUUAGGCCAUUUUCGUCCCUGCUGAUGACUUGACUGAUCCUGCCCCUGCUACAACUUUUGCCCAUCUUGACGCCACAACUGUGUUGUCUCGAGGUAUUGCUGAGUUGGGUAUCUACCCGGCUGUGGAUCCCCUUGAUUCAAAUUCACGUAUUUUGGAUCCCAACGUAGUAGGAGAAGAGCACUAUGCCACUGCAAGAGCUGUACAAAAAAUACUUCAGGUGUGUAAAUAAUUUUUUUUUUUUUUAAACAAAUAAUCACCAUAUUCAAAACCCUUUUUGGGAUAGUUAUUACACAUAUGAUUGUCUAUGAUGAAAAAUUAUAUAGCCCUGAUUACCUAUGAGGGUUCCUUCCUUGGACUGAGAAAUCAUAAUUAUUUGUGUUACUCUUACAAAAGUUUGAAUGCAGGUUGUUUCAAUGGUAUAAUUGAUCUGAUUUUUAAAGUCCUUAUCAAUCUGUUUCUUGAAUUGAUCUAUCUCUAAAUGAAUGUUAUAAUAUUGACAUUUUGUGACUAUUUCAUCAUUUAUCAUAUUUCAUUCUCUGCUUUAAAAUAUUUUACUGUUAAUUUGAUCUUUUAUAUCACCAGUUAAGGCACAACAUUUAAUGUUUUGUCUUUUCUUUUGAGAGUAAAUUAAUUAUAUAUUUAUAUUUUUUAUAGGAUUACAAAUCCCUCCAGGAUAUCAUCGCAAUCUUGGGUAUGGAUGAGUUGUCAGAAGAAGAUAAAUUGACCGUAGCCCGUGCCAGAAAAAUGAUGAAGUUUUUAUCUCAGCCUUUCCAGGUGGCUGAGGUAUUUACAGGCUCUGAAGGAAAAUAUGUCCCUCUCAAAGAAACCAUUAAAGGAUUUAAAAUGCUUAUCAAUGGUAGGUUGUUCUGUUAAUUUAAAUGCUUUUGAAGCAGGCAUAUGAAUAGCACUUAACCACAGCAGCUUACCUGGUAAACUCUACUGAACUGAGCUAAGCAGUUUAUUAGCAUGGAAAAGAAAAAAUUGGGUGUCUGCCUAAGAAAAAAUACUGGAUUUUGGGGUGUUUAACUCAUUCCCGACGUUUGCGACUAAAUGCGUCUUUUACAGGUUUCGCCAGAUGCGUCCCGGCGCAUAGCGACACACCUCUGUCUAUUUAAAAAUAGCAAUGAAAUCUCGCAUCCCUCGAGACUUCCAGUGAUGGCGUGGUUCAGCGUGAUUUUAAUUUAAAAACCAGAAGAUUUUAUCUUGUUUCACUUUAAAACUACGUGUGCUUUAGUACAGCGCGUCUUUUUGUGUUCAUCCGAGGUGCCGAAAAUCGAUUUUUCGGCCAUUGUUCGUUAUUUUUUCCCCGCUAAUGUUAUAUUUAUAUUAAACCUUAUUCAUUCUUUGUUGCAUUUUUUCUUAAUUCGUUAACAUUAAAUAAUAUUUAGCAGCUUAAAUUAAUAUUUUACAAAUGUAAAAUCAAUUGCAAGACGGAGUUACUUCCCUUUCUCAGGCAAAUAAAUGAAAUAUGGAAGUAGCAUUGCAAGAGGGAAUGAGUUAAAUACACAGCAAAGUAUUCAGUGUCAUUAUUUUAGUUUCAUAAUUUAGAAUUAAUAAUUUUGCUAAAAACAGCUGUUAAUAAAUGAUGCAAUAUUUUAAUUCAAACUUUUUUUUAAAAUCAAAAAUCAAUUUUGACUUAUCAUAUUCAUUAAAUGCAACUGUGAGAAACAAGAAUUUUUAGCUUCUGAAUUUGCUUUCCUCCGGCCAUGACAUCAUCUAUUUUAGUUAUCCACUUAUUACGGUACUGCUGGAAUUGAAUUUUAAAGCUAUUUUAAUGAAUUCCUACCUUAAUAAAUAAUAAGAAGAUGAUCUUCGGUAGUAAUUAAAGACCGUAAUGCUAAAAGUCAGAAAAUACACAAUUUCAGAUUAUCAAGUUCAAAUAUUCUUUUCGUCUAUAAAAUGUGAUCACUUUUCAUAUUUAGCCAGUUAGACUUGCGCAUCAGACUUUUAAAGUUAAGUGACUUUUGUACUAUUUAAUGUGUUCAAAUUUCUGUAGUACACUUGGCUAAACCGGAUAAGAAAAGGUCACAGUUAAGUUUGAUUUUGACAAAAAUGUGACCUUAAGUACUUUUAGCACUAGGGUCUUCAAUUGUUGCAUAAUUGUCAAGAGAUGUUAGUUGUAUGAAUGUGAUUGCAUCGAGGAAGAUAUUCAAAUUGCUUUUUUUAAUCAGCAGCCUCUUUCCUUGAUCAAUAAUCAUCUACAAUAUUUUUAAUUUGACAAACUAGUAGUUUAAAAAGUCAAACAAUGUCAGCUAUUUCAUUUGCUAUAUAUUUCUCAGGUGAACUUGACCAUUUGCCAGAGGUGGCCUUCUACAUGGUUGGAAACAUUGAGGAGGUUCGAGAAAAGGCUGCAAGAUUGGCCAAGGAGCAAUCAUGAGAAAAUAGCACUUAGUAAUUUCAUUUUACUGUAAUUGUUUGUGAGGAUGUUAAUAUGAUGGACAUAGGCUAGCAAUUGGCUUAUGCCAGAUAAUUAAUGUGAUACAGUAGGAAACAGUUGUGGUCCAAAGUACUCUUGAUUACAUAUUUGAAACAGUUAAAAUAUUAAGUUUUGUCUAGUUGAAGAUAUAUUGUAACAAAGUGUGUCAGCGUUGUAAGCUCUUUAUGAAUGAGGUGUGAGGAUUUUUUUUUCCACACAAUUCCAACGUUCAAAUUGAAUGAGAUAGUUAACACCUGUUCAUCUAAUUUUUGAAGUUGGAAUUAAAUAUUUACUAAAUAAAAAUUAUGGUUUCAUUGUUUUAAA